UAGUCGACUACUACAAAAGAUCCUGUGCCGUACUUGUCACUAGAGAGAAGAAUGGUACAACCUGUGUGGGUUCUUUCAGACAAAGAAGAAUGGUACAACCUGUGUGGGUUCUAUCAGACAAAGAAGAAUGGUACAACCUGUGUGGGUUCUCUCAGACAAAGAAGAAUGGUACAACUUGUGUGGGUUCUCUCAGACAAAGAAGAAUGGUACAACCUGUGUGGGUUCUCUCAGACAAAGAAGAAUGGUACAACCUGUGUGGGUUCUCUCAGACAAAGAAGAAUGGUACAACCUGUACGGGUUCUAUCAGACAAAGAAAAAUGGUACAACCUGUGUGGGUUCUAUCAGACAAAGAAGAAUGGUACAACCUGUGUGGGUUCUAUCAGACAAAGAAGAAUGGUACAACCUGUGUGGGUUCUCUCAGACAAAGAAGAAUGGUACAACCUGUGUGGGUUCUCUCAGACAAAGAAGAAUGGUACAACCUGUACGGGUUCUAUCAGACAAAGAAGAAUGGUACAACCUGUGUGGGUUCUAUCAGACAAAGAAGAAUGGUACAACUUGUACGGGUUCUCUCAGACAAAGAAGAAUGGUACAACUUGUACGGGUUCUAUCAGACAAAGAAGAAUGGUACAACCUGUGUGGGUUCUAUCAGACAAAGAAGAAUGGUACAACCUGUGUGGGUUCUCUCAGACAAAGAAGAAUGGUACAACCUGUACGGGUUCUAUCAGACAAAGAAGAAUGGUACAACCUGUACGGGUUCUCUCAGACAAAGAAGAAUGGUACAACCUGUGUGGGUUCUAUCAGACAAAGAAAAAUGGUACAACCUGUGUGGGUUCUAUCAGACAAAGAAGAAUGGUACAACCUGUGUGGGUUCUAUCAGACAAAGAAGAAUGGUACAACCUGUGUGGGUUCUCUCAGACAAAGAAGAAUGGUACAACCUGUGUGGGUUCUAUCAGACAAAGAAGAAUGUGUGGGUUCUCUCAGACAAAGAAGAAUGGUACAACCUGUACGGGUUCUAUCAGCCAAAGAAGAAUUUAACGAAAUAAAAACAAAUUACAAAUACAAAACAUAACACAAAUUCCGUUCCAAACGCCUUUUUCUGUUAAUAUACGAAAUUGUUCUACACAUAAUAUUUGGUUUGUUAUUGUGUUCUGCACAUGUUUGGAAUUUUGUGCGUACGUUCUUGGUUUUGUCAUUUUUGAUUCUUAGCUUGGUAAGUUUU